AUACUGCCAAAAUGGCGUUAAUUAGCCUCUCCAGAAGUAGAUAAAUAUUUGCACAGAUCUUAGGACUGAGAUUAAAUGUCAAUUUGAUGUAACGAAGUUGAGAUAACUAGCUAUGAAUUUAAAUCUGCACGUUAUUGUUGAUUAUUAAUAAUUUACAUUAGUUGCCCAAAAAGCCUCUAAUCACAAAAAUGCUUUUAGAUGUAGACACCGUGCAUUGAAAGUGAUACAGUGGCUAUUUAUAAACUUAAAUAAAUAACCUUGCUUCACAAUGAUAAACAUGGACUGCGCAUGAGCCUGUCCCGAAUCCACGCAGCAUCCCUUACAGUAUAUUCCUCAUAUACAAACGUAACAGGUGACUCGGAAAUACGGAAGAAUUACGGAAGGCUUGUGAUACAGCAACCGAUCUUUAAAAUAAUAUGGUUAUACUAGAUUAAUCGAAUUGAAGGUUACAUUAUUACAGGCUUGUUUUUACAGAAAGGCCGGUAUCGAACCGCGUAAAAGUGCGCAUAUUGCGCGUCUGACAGGAAGUCAAAACUGUUGUACGCGAUGCGAAAGGGCAUUUAGGUACAAAUAUAGACUUCAGAUGACCCAACAUCUUUGAAGAGAUGAUGCUGACCCCUGCGAGGACCCCAGAUGACGCCGACUGGAAUCGACACGCACAGCUGCCAAAAUAGCAGUAGAGCAUCAUGGGUGGAGUGGCACUGGAUGACGGCAGUACUGGAGUGAAGGCCCCUGAUGGUGGCUGGGGGUGGGCUGUGCUCUUUGGUUGCUUCAUCAUCACAGGCUUCUCCUACGCUUUUCCAAAGGCUGUCAGUGUUUUCUUCAAGGAGCUAAUUAGAGAGUUUGAUGUGGGCUACAGUGACACAGCCUGGAUCUCCUCCAUCCUAUUGGCUAUGCUUUAUGGCACUGGGCCUUUAUGCAGCAUUUUAGUGAAUCGAUUUGGAUGCCGUCCAGUGAUGUUGGUGGGUGGCCUCUUUGCAUCGUUGGGAAUGGUCUUGGCAUCAUUUGCCACAAGCAUCAUCCACAUUUACUUGUGUACAGGAGUCAUUACAGGUCUUGGACUGGCCCUGAACUUCCAGCCAUCACUCAUUAUGCUGAAUCGAUAUUUCAGUGAGAAGCGGCCGCUGGCUAAUGGCCUGGCCGCUGCUGGGAGUCCAGUGGCUCUGUGCUGUCUGUCCCCUUUGGGGCAGGUCCUUCAGUAUGAAUAUGGCUGGAGAGGGGGUUUCCUCAUCUUGGGAGGGAUGCUUCUGAACUGCUGUGCCUGUGGGGCUUUAAUGAGGCCUUUGGUCCCACCAAAGAAGUCAGAGACCCCUGGGACUGAAAACACACCAGAUGACGGAAACAAGAAAGCAAAGCCCAAGCUGCUGGACUUCAGUGUUUUCAGAGACCCGGGCUUUAUCAUUUAUACAGUUGCUGCCUCCAUUAUGGUGCUCGGUUUGUUUGUGCCCCCAGUGUUUGUGGUGAGCUAUGCCAAAGAGCUGGGAAACGAGGACACGAAAUCUGCCCUCCUGCUUACCAUUCUGGGUUUUGUUGACAUGUUCGCGCGGCCCGCGUGUGGCAUCAUCGCAGGACUCCAGUGGGUUCGCCCUCGCUGCGUCUAUCUCUUCAGUUUUGCGCUCAUAUUCAAUGGCACCACAGAUCUGGUGGGCUCCCUGUCUAAAGACUACACCUCUCUGGUGGUGUUCUGCAUCUUCUUUGGCAUCUCUUAUGGCAUGGUGGGAGCAUUGCAGUUCGAGGUUCUCAUGGCUGUUGUGGGUACAGAGAAGUUCUCAAGCGCCAUUGGUUUAGUUCUCCUGCUUGAAGCUAUUGCUGUGCUGGUUGGGCCUCCAUCUGCUGGCCGCCUUUUGGACUCCACUAAGAAGUACAUGUUUGUUUUCCUGCUGGCUGGGAUUGAGGUUGUGGUGUCAGCUUUAGUGUUGGCAAUAUGCAACUUACUGUUCAUAAAAAAGAAACCUGAGGCACCAGAGACUGCAAUAGAGAAUGGAGAAACAGUGGAGGCAAUGAAUCCCUCCAGUACACCACCCAGACAGGAGCCACUCAAGGCCAAUGGAAACUCAGAGAAGCUGAAGGAUUCAGGUGACCUGAGAGCCGAGAAUGUUACGGAGGAUUCAACAGAAGCGGAAACAUUUCUUAACGAUAAAGAUGACUAGAAUAAGAAAAUCCCCUGUAGUCCAGAAACCAAACUCUGAUGGACAUUACUGCUUAAGAAGAGGUUGAAAGACACAAAUAAGAGGAGAUUGAGGAGAACUGCGGUGUUAUGUGUGUCACUGUGUAGUCUGAUGUGAUGUCCUAAUGUGUGUGCUACCUAUGGACAGAUGAAUAUUUAAUCAAUAAUAGAGACUUACACUGCACUCACGCUGUUCAGAAUCACAUUUGCACUUCCACACAUAGACUUAUUCCACACAGGCUUAUUAAUGACACUUUUGGUGUGAAAGGGCCUUUACAGUUACCAAAAAUAUAACGUUUGGGUUUUUUGUUAUUAAAAAUAAAUAAGAAAGCCCAGCUCAGGUGAAAAAUAGCAACAUUUGCUGAUUUUGGUUAGCUUAAAAUAUAUUGCUGGUUCACCAUUGUUAUGCCAGAGAAAGGGGAGGCAUGCCGAAAGUCUGAAAAGUUUAAUGUUGUUACAGCAUCUUUAACUAAGUGCAAAAUAAACAUCACAUCACACAAAAAGGCAGAGACGGCUAUCACAGGAACCGAAAGUGUGAGUAUACUCAAUUCUGAUCAUAUUCAUAGAUAUCAGCAGAGACAUCAGAUAUCUCAAGAGUUUCCACUUCUCACUCGAAAUGCACCUUCUGUUCAAAAGCUUCUGUAACAGUUUGUGUCUCUGUUUACAGACCUCAUACACGAUGUAAAAUGCUUUGUUUUGUGCGUUGUGCGCAGUGUGGUCCACUGGCUUUAGUAGACUUUUUGAAAAUGGCACCAUGAUUUCCUGCAUAAAGAUCAGUACUGUAAUAUUCUUUAGUAUCAUUAGAACAUUCCCCAUAGACAGCUACUGUAAUCCUGCUGGAUUGACACCUGCCACCUACUGCCCUAUUCAGCUUAUAUUCUUUAGUAUGCCUCAAUGUCAAUAGACAAUGUCAAAAACUGAGUGUUUUUUAAUGUUAGUAGAGCAUAAUUGUAUUAGUGCUAGCUGUACUGUGAAUUUCUUUUUUGACACUGGCGUAUAUUUCUCAAAGACUUUACAAUUUUGACUCUUAUGCUGAAUGUCAUAGCAUAGUGAAGUAGAGAGCAGGUAUCUCUGUAUUUAUGACUUAAGAAGAGUCGUUCAGCAAUAUUUCCAUUUACCUAUUUUUUUUCCUACUCUGAAUGUUUAACAAACCUAGUUUUAUCGCAACAAAUAAUCUAUAUUCUUUUAAUCUAUUCUUUAUUUACUGAAAUGCACCAAAUGCAAAACCAAAUUAAAGGCCAGAUGACAAGUGCUUAAACGGAGUUGAUAUUGUGGUGAAACUGCUGGAGCUUUAUUAGGAAACAAUGAUGGCAGAUAAGCAUGCACUGUGUCUCACUGCUUCAGUUUGAUAGGAAUGAAGUUUGACAGCACUGCCCGGUAGCAUUAGUUUCAAUUUUAUAUCAGCAUCAGAAGGAGACAGCUCUACCACUGGUUAAGCUACUUGCCAUGUCAAAGAUUUGUACAUUAAUACAUCUGUUACAAGUGCAGCUAUGAGAAAUUUAGACUCUAACACCAGAAUUAGUCACACUGCCUAUCUGAACCGGGCUGGGAAGUAUUUGCAUUAUUUAUUUUCAGUUUUCAGACUGACUGUAUCAUUUGAUGAUGACUUCAUCUCUGUCUGCUCAGAACAUUUAACUAAUUCUGCUCAAUAAAUGUUGAACACACAA